GAAAGGCUUGGCACAUGCCGUUACUUAAGCUUUGCCUACUGGCAAUCUGGCAUUUCUCUGACGGAGACUGGCUCUUCAGCCUCUCGGGAUUCCCAGAGCGCCUUGCGCGGCUCUUGGCGGGAAACUGCCUGGAGGUCACAAGGCUGCUGCUGCGCCUGUGAGAGCAACGGUUGAGGGAAGACGCCUGCGCAUCCCACAGAGUGCGUGCUGCGUGGUGCAGGUUUCGUGGUCGCGGAUGCCAAUCCUCAGACGUUCCGUAAUGUUGAAUUAAAGAAAAAACUUUAUCCGGAGAUGGCCACUGCACAAUUGCAAAGAACUUCCAUGAGUGCACUGGUGUUUCCCAGUAAGAUAUCAACAGAGCAACAGUCUUUAGUGUUAGUGAAGAGGCUCCUAGCAGUUUCAGUAUCCUGUAUCACAUAUUUGAGAGGAAUAUUUCCUGAAUGUGCUUAUGGAACAAGAUACCUAGAUGAUCUUUGUGUCAAAAUUCUGAGAGAAGAUAAAAAAUGUCCAGGAUCUACACAGUUAGUGAAGUGGAUGCUAGGAUGCUACGAUGCUUUGCAAAAAAAAUACCUAAGGAUGGUGGUUCUAGCUGUAUACACCAAUCCAGAAGACCCUCAGACAAUUUCAGAAUGUUACCAAUUUAAAUUCAAGUACACUAGUAAUGGACCAGUCAUGGACUUCAUAAGUAAAAACCAAAACAGUGAAUCUAGUAUGUCAUCUGCUGACACCAAGAAAGCAAGUAUUCUCCUGAUUCGCAAGAUUUAUAUUCUAAUGCAAAAUCUGGGACCUUUACCUAAUGAUGUUUGUUUGACCAUGAAACUUUUCUACUACGAUGAAGUUACACCCCCAGACUACCAGCCUCCUGGUUUUAAGGAUGGUGAUUGUGAAGGAGUGAUAUUUGAAGGGGAGCCUAUGUACUUAAAUGUGGGAGAAGUCCCAACACCUUUUCACACCUUCAAAGUAAAAGUAACUACUGAAAAAGAACGAAUGGAAAAUAUUGAUUCAGCUAUAUUAUCACCAAAACAAUUAAAAACACCACUUCAAAAAAUUCUCAUGGACAAAGAUGAUAUAGAAGAUGAACAGGAGCAUUAUAUAAGUGAUGAUUUUGACCUUGAGACUAAAAUGGAAGAGCAGAAAAAAAACCCUGGAUCUUCUGAUCUUGGAGAACCAAAUUUAGUUUGUGAGGAAGAUGAAAUUAUGAGGUCUAAAGAAAGUCUAGAUCUUUCAAUUUCUCAUUCUCAGGUUGAACAGUUAGUCUGUAAAACAUCUGAACUUGAUGUGUCUGAAAGCAAAACAAGAAGUGGAAAAAUCUUUCAGAAUAAAAUGGCUAAUGGAAAUCAACCAGUAAAAUCUUCUAAAGAAAAUCGGAAGAGAAGUCAACUUGAACCUGGGAGAACAGUCCUUCAUCACUUUGAUUCUUCCAGUCAAGAGUCAGUACCAAAAAGAAGAAAGUUUAGUGAACCAAAGGAGCGCAUAUAAAAAUUAAUUUUUUCUUCUGCAUGUUUGUGAAGUUCUCAACAUUUCAACUACUGGACAAUGUAUUACUAUUUUAACGUGUGUUUGCCAUGUGAAAAUUUAAAGAUUGUGUUAAGCAGUUAGUACAAAAAUAAACUUUUAGCUGUCAUAUUGUGAUCCUUACUCUUAUCUGAGACAAUGCAAGAGAACUUUUGGAUAAAACCAAAAGUACCAGUGUCAUAAUUGAUUUUGCUCAUUAUCUACUCAAUAUUGAUCUAUCUUCCAUUUUGGUAGACACUUCCUUUAAACAUAUAUUAACCUUUAAUGCAUUCUAGAGCCAAUUUUAAAAACGAAUAAUGUUCAUUUUGUUUUUAAAUUUUGGUAGGAAUUAACUUUUUACUUAUGUUAAAACUGUAAAACUUAACUGGUUAUUUGUCCCUGUGCCAUUAAAACAAUGUUUGGUGCUUUGAUAGAGUGUACUAACAUGGUAAUAUAUAACAUACCAUUAAAAAUUGGUUAUCUUUUUAACUUUUUUUUUUUUUUUUUUUUUUUUUACUUCAAGGCAAAAUGAGGACUGAUUUUUAAGGUCUGACAUUUUGGGCAGCAUAAAUAAAAAUUCUUC